CACCACCACCGCACGGCAGCACCGCGCGCAGCGCACCGAGCGAGACUCCAUGUUGGGCUGCAGCAGCGCAGCAGGCACGCAGGCUGAACCCUGGCUGGCUGGCUCGACCUGAGCGCACGCCCGAGCUGACCUGGGGCUGGAGCACGCCUGGCAGGCGGCGGCCCAGCGGCCACCGAGGCCACGGAGGCCAGAUGUUGCGUCGACCAGCAGGCCAGGCAGCCUAGCGCGGCGGGCCCAUGACGAGCAAGCAGCACUCCCUGCACCAGCACUCCUUCUCGCAGGAACGCCGCUCGCCCCAGCAGGAUGUAGAGCCAAGAGGAGUGAUCAAGCGACCUUUCAAGCUCUGGGAUAUCUGGCGGAAUGUGCGCAAGGCUUUGGUGGUCAGCACCUUUGAGGAACUCGUGGCCAGAGGCAAGGAGAAGCUGAAUGUGCCGCCCGGAGAACCAGUGCGGCUGCUGCUCGAGUCGGACGGCACGCAAAUCGAGGACGGCGACUACUUCCGCACCCUGCCCAACAACACGGUGCUGCUGCUGCUGAGACCUGGCGAGCGCUGGCACCCCGCCGGGGUCGACGUCAUCCGAGCAGCGAUAUCAGCAAUUCCGCGCAUCGUAUGCGAGACGAUCCAUUCGCUCGAGUUGCACGAUGAGACUCCCUCGUGGAAGAUCAUGGACAACAAAGGGCGCGUCACCGUGGUGCUGCACUGGGAUCAACGCCACCAGGAGAAGCAAGCACCGAAAGGUAAUGAGGCUCGCAGCCCCAACAAGCAGAGGGUAGCCGCCGAGCGACCCUCGCUCGUCAUCCAGACCAGUCUGGACAAACUUGGUGUGCACACGUCGGUGAACAGGGAGACGGGGAAGAAGGAGACGCUGAUCAACGACGUGUACCCGCCGCGCUACAGCCCGCAGAUAACUGUGAUAAACCACGACGAUGUUCAGAGCAAGUACCAGCGGCUGGUGCGGCAGGGCAGCUCGUCGUUCGACGCCACCGUGCACGUGCACACGCCCGAGUGCGCCAACCACCUGCACCAGCCCCGCAGCGGCAGUCCGGCCAACGGCGACACCACCGAGUGCGACUUCCACUGCUGCGCCCUCCACGAGGAGGGGCGCAAAAUCCAGGUGCACAAGAGCGUGGCGACCUCGCCGAUCCAGGAGGCGAACGGCGGAGGGCAGGCCGGCGUGCAGGACGGCCGGCGGACGGGGGCGCUGCCCAAGGGGACGCACGUGCGCUUCCUCGACACCACCGAGCACCAGUACCACGCGCCGCACAACGCGCUCGGCGUCCCCGGCGACAGCUCCGAGAGCGAAACCGAGAACACGGUGCUCGAGGAAGAGGCCACCACCUCGGAAAAGUUCCUCCUCCUCAUCGACCAGCUCUCCGUCGACCAGAAGAGGCACCUUACCAUCAAGGACAUCGGGAUAAUCCUGGAGCGGCUGAACUCGAAGAUCGUGGACGUGGAGCGGUUGGACCGGGAGAGCGAGAGCGACGACUGCUACAACUGGACGAUCAAGGCGACGAUUCGGGGCGAGGUGCUGCGCGAGCUGGGCGUCAUCUACAACGGCAACUACUACGCCAUCUGCGAGCACCCUGGCUACAAGGAGGACGAGCAGCGCGACGAGGAGAUCGAAGAGGAAGAGGAGGAGGAGGAGGACCGACUCUAGCCCAGGCAGAGCCCCCCGGGGCCCUGCUGCGCCUGCUGCUGCUGUGAGCCAGAGGAGGGGCCCUUUUAGAGCCAGCGGAAGGAAGGCAGCCGAAUAUUAAAUAAAAAUUGUUGAUUCCAAAACACGGACACACCAAGGGAUGAAAAACGUCGCGUCGUUCUCCUCCCUGUGAGCAUUCUAAAAAAGAGAAAACAAAUACGCACCGCGUUGCAAGUUGUGUGUGUCUCUCUCGACCCCCCAAGCUCCCUGUUCCCCCCACCCCCAAGCAGCGUCAGACUCGAAAGUUUUGCCCUCCCGCCAGACACCGCCCGUUGACACGAUAUUCGCCAAAAAUCGAGCUAUUGUACUCUGUAUAUCAGGCGCUGGGAGCGCGAGCAGUGGCCUCGGACCCCCGAUCGGUCCCCCUCCCCUCAGGACCGCCCCCGGAAAGAAAUUGGAUAUUCGAGGAUGUCCGCCUCACACACAGGCUGUUCAAAAGUAACUUUCGGAUAUCCUUUGGAUGUCCUGAGUAUAUCUUUAGAUAUCUUAAAGGAUACUUUUGGACAUCCCGAAGGAUAUCUUUGGCUUAUCCUGAUGGAUGUCUUUUGAUGCCCUGAGGAUGUCCUUGGGUAUUCUGAGGAUGUCUUUAGACAUCUUGAAGGAUAUCUUUCGACAACCUGAAGGAUAUCUUUGGAUAUCCAAUUUCUUGCUGUGGGCCUGACUUUCUGGCUGAAAUUGAUCCUCCAGGAAUCAAGCGGGAGCGUUUAAAAUGUUCAGCCGGUGUCAGUUUUGUGCCUGAAGGGUGGGCGGCGACGUAAAAAGCCGCAGUUUAGGUCGUUGUCAAAAAAUUUGAAUCUCGCUCAGCCGAGGCCACAGGCUCGUUUCUCCCUGCUUUCCAGUUUACACUAGUCAAACACACGCAAACACGAUGGAUGUGUUUUUCGGUUGAUUUUUCGAAUUCUAAUCAAGUUGGAGUGUGCAGGUGCGGGCCGCCGUGUAUUUUGCCCCUCAACUGCCGCAUCAAUAACGAUCGCACAAUUGGUCAGACUUAUCAUUAAGCAGUCUCCGGCUUAAACAAAUACAAAGACCCCGCGCAGAGAUUUGGGGCUUUCUCUCUCUUCUCUCAGAAAAUAAAAAAUGAAAUCGACCCGGAGGUGCUGGAGUCUUUUUGUCACGAAACGGAGCCCUUGCGUGGAGAAGGUGCUGUCCUAAAUUGCUCAAGCAGUGAUAAAAACCAGAAUUAUUAAAUUUGUAAAACAAACACAAACACACACGUACGCAGAAAAGAAGAAGAAGAAGAGGAAGAAGAAGAAUUCAGAAGAACGCGCACUCUUUCACACCGCGUGGCGGCGACGACCGGUUGAAUAUGUUAGUGCUUGACUCUCACACUUUUUGAAAGGACGAACGAAACCCGCCAGAUCCCUGAUUUUGUGACUCGACUUGCGUGUGGACUCGUACCAGAAGAGAAGAGGAAGUUUUACUUUUGCGUGUGAAUGCUGAAAAAUGUGUGCCAAGAGAGUGCUGUGCUAUUUUUUAACAAAGCUAAACACAAAAUAAUGAGAGAAUUAAAACGACGACGAAGACGUGCAGAUUACAAAGAAACAAAACACACACACACACACACGCGCGCGCUAGGACGAAAAAUUUAGGAUGAAAAAAAUUAUAAACUUGUAAAAACCAACCGCGAUCGGUGGCUGGUGCAGCGCGCGGACGGACGCGGACGUACGUAAGAUCUUGCUUUCCGUGCACUUUUUAUAGACAAAACAAGGCAAGCGGGAACUUGGAAUAUAUAUCUCGAGAGAGAGACAGAGAGUGCCAAAUUUUCACAAUGCAAGAUCGCUCAAUAUUUCUACUAAUAAUACGAAUGGUGCCAAAUACUAUAUUUUACAAAAAGAGCACUUUCUUGUAAAACUCACGAUCGAUCGACGGGGAGAGAUGCAGAGUCCGCGCCGCCGCUGCACCCGCGCCGCCGACGUCUUGCUCACUUUUGAGGGCGAGAGCAGAAUAAAUCUCGAAGCAAUCAUGUGUGCUCCGUUCGCACGCGCGACACGAGCCGAAAAUACCUAUUACUUAAUUACGUUAGGAGAGGGAUCCUUCAUUGCGGACAGGUUUGGUGUUCCUAAUGGCUUUAUUGUAUGUUUCACACACACACACACACGACACACACAUACACGACACACACCUAUACACACGAAACAAACACACACACACACAAGACACACACGCUAACAAAAACACAAACACACCUUUGAUCAUCCCUCGGAUAGCUUUCUUAACGAGCAAAACAGAUUACAAAAAAAAGAAGAAAGACCGCAGUUGACAGAAAAUAUUAAACGAAUUAAAUAAAAGAGAGAAUUAUUAAAACGAAGCAGGCGGCAGCUCGGCGCGGGCCGUCCCUGCCGCCCCCGGCGGGAAGGACACGCGCGUUUUUACCGAUACAUAUUCUAUAUUGAUUGUUUGCAUACAUACAUAUAUAAUAUAUACCUGAAGAAAGAGGAAAAUUUUAAAUUCACGCUCUUAACCGCGACAAUGAAUCAACACAGCACCUGACGAGACACGCGCUUUCCCGCGGGCGCGGCCGGGAUCCGUGGGUCGUCCACAAAUGGCCACUUUUCUGUCCUCCAAAUUUGAAAAAAAAGGAAUAUUCUGGCACUUUUUUUAACAAGAAGAAACAGAAAUUCCCGGUAAGAAAUUGGAAAUCCGAGGAUAUCCGCGCAGUGACAUAGGCUCUGUUGAAAGGAUAUCUCGCAGGAUAUCUAAUUUCUUGUUGGGUUAGGACAAAGGUUUCCAAGCGAAAAUUAUGGAAAAAAUAUUUGUUCAGGAUAUCCUCCUAAAUAAAAAAAAAAUUAUUUAAAUAGGAUCGAUUUAUUAAACUAAUUAUUUUAUUUCCUUGAAAGAGCAGAUAUUCUAAAACUCCAAUCAGCUGGUGGACCCUAGUAGCCGCCAUCUUGCUUUUCUGACCAUAGCAAGAUUAAAAGACAACUCGUUCUAGAGUCCCAUUGAUUUCAUUUUUUUACUUCCAUUAAUUUUUGAAUCGUCUUUAAAACUCUGAAAAUUGUCUUGGUUAUUUCUCCUGGCUAAAAAGAACAAAUAAUUUAUAGGUUCUUUUUAAAUUCAAACGAUUAUUCAAUGGUGCAGACGUUGUUAAAUGGACAAGGACAGAAAAUUUGCCUUUUUAUAUAUAAAUGGCGUGAAUUGGUCGGCCGUCCGGAGGAAAUCAGACUGGCAAGCUUCCCCGGUCGGCCGCCGACAAAGCUGCAAUUAAAUCUCAUCGUGAAAAUGGACCCGCGCCGGACAAGCGUUCGCCGACUCGCGCGACAAACUCACAUUUUGAUAUAAUCAAGCAGCGAGCGUUUGUGUUUUAGCUGAAAAAAAAAUGAGAAGACACGACAGAGAGAGAGAACGAUUAUUAUUAUGAAUUAUAGCAGAGACAAAAGUAUAUCUCGUGUUUUAAAAAGAAAAAAAGAAGAUAACAUGUUGGAGAAUAUUUUGUUGACACUUCUCAUGAUCUAUUGUAUGGUAUAUUACGCGAAACUAAAACAAACAAACAAAAAAGAGUGAAAAUGAACAUGAAGAAAUCCCGAUUAACGCUAUUGUUGGUAGCUUAAUCGCGCGCGCGCUUAUAAAUGAGAAAAUUACGACGGUUGCGAAAGAAGAGAAUACGCGAAAAAAAGAGAAAAACACUCAAGUGGAUGAUUUUUUCGAUAUUUCUAACACAAUUUUGUUGUACACUUCGAGGGUACUAUUAUUAUUAUAUAUUAUAAUAAUGAAAUUUAUAAUAAAAAAUGGUGCCAAAGCGCGACACGAGAAAAAGAUGAGCAAAAAACGAUACAAAAAAUUAUAAAAUGUGGCGUCUCCUUCCGGUGUUAAUAAAUCAUGUAAUUAUUAUUGACAUACAGUGGAAAAAUUGUAAAGAACAUUAUUCAGUUGGGAGCAGUGACGGUUUUGAAAUUGUUCCGUUAGAAGCUCACUCUCACUGCCCAUGUUAAAGUCGUUAUUUACAUUGCAUACCAAGAAUCAUAUUAAUUAAAAUAAAUAUGCAUAAAUUUAA